CAAUCCCCGGUGAUCCCCAGUGAUUGCUGCAAUUAAUUCUUUCUACCCAAGUACUGCCCUCAACAUUGAGAAAGCUCAUACCCCAAGAUGGCAGAGGUCUGGCAAGAGCAAUAGCCACAAGGCAGGUAAGGAUGAGGAGCUUCAUGGUGGUCAAGGCCUAGCCUAAAACCUGAGUGGAGUUUAAACAAAACUAAAUUGGACCAUCCAGUUUCCUUCCCAGGAUCAUCUGGACAGCAUCUGCUUUGUGACAUGGUGCUGAGGCUGGGGUAGAUUGAUGGAGAAAAGGAUAUUCUCUGCUUUUGGCCAUUUUACCUAAAUCCAAGUAAGCAGAAGAUGAUGAGGAUUGAGCAAGCCCUAUACAUCUGCACUGCCCACAGUUUGCUCAGCACUUAACACUGUGUCUGGAAAUGAGUGUACCGCUUUAUGAUGGAUUCUUCCAAAUCUUCUGACUAUUGUGAAUACUUUGGCAAAAUCCAUGGAAUUCUAAUGUAUAAAGAUUUUAUAAAACAUUGGGAUGAUGUGGAGACAUUCCAGGCAAGACCAGAUGACAUUGUCAUUGCCACCUAUCCUAAAUCUGGUACAACCUGGGUUAGUGAAAUUGUAUACAUGAUCUGCAAUGAGGGUGAUGUGGAAAAAUGCAAAGAAGAUGUCAUUUUUAAUCGAAUACCUUUCUUGGAGUGCAGAAGAGAAGAGCUGAUGAAUGGAGUAAAACAAUUAAAACAGAUGGCAUCUCCUAGAAUAGUGAAGACUCAUCUGCCAGCUGACAUUCUUCCAGCCUCAUUUUGGGAAAAUAACUGUAAGAUGAUCUAUCUUUGCCGGAACGCCAAAGAUGUCGCUGUUUCCUAUUAUUAUUUCUUUCUAAUGGUAAAUGCCCAUCCAGAUCCUGGAUCUUUUGAAGAGUUUGUGGAGAGAUUCAUGGAUGGACAAGUGCCUUAUGGUUCCUGGUAUAAACACGCAAAAUCUUGGUGGGAAAAGAGGAAGAAUCCACAUGUGCUUUUUCUCUUCUAUGAAGACAUGAAGGAGGAUAUCAGAAAAGAGGUGAUAAAAGUGAUACAAUUUCUGGGAAGGAAGCCAUCAGAAGAGCUUGUGGACAAGAUUAUACAACAUACUUCAUUCCAGGAGAUGAAGAACAACCCAUCUACCAAUUAUACAACACUACCAGAAGAAAUCAUGAACCAAAAAGUUUCUCCCUUCAUGAGAAAGGGGAUUGCAGGAGACUGGAAGAAUCACUUUACAGUAGCACUGAAUGAGAAAUUUGAUAUACAUUAUGAGCAGCAAAUGAAAGGGUCUACUCUAAAGUUAAGAACUGAAAUCUAAGAAGGGUUUUCUUAAUAUAUCUAAGGUUAAAGCUUUCUUCUCAUUGUUCCUCACUUUUUUCAAAUUUUGGAUUGGUAGAGAAGGAAUCAUAUGAAGGAUCAUGAUUAGAUUCACAUGAUUAUUGAAAUGUUCAUAUAAAAACAAGAUUUUUGUCCAGGCUAUGGUCUUUUUUGUUUUCUUUCUUUUUCUUCCUUUUUUUACAAAUAUUGCACAAAUAUAUAACCUAUAAAUUACUACAAAUCUAUGAUCUAUGUGUAUGAUGUAGGAACACACAGUUUGAAUUGUCGAGUUAAAAAUAACCAAAAAUGUCCAUCAAUGGAUGAAUGGAUAAAUAAGAUGUGGUAUAUAUAUACAAGUAAUAUUACUCAUCAAUAAAAAAGAAUGAAAUCUUGCCAUUUGCAACUACGUGGA